AUGUUACCCUCAAAAGACGACCCAAUCGAGCCGGAGAUUGUACAGGCAGUCACCGAAGCAGAUACUGGUGAUGGUCUGGAGUCAAAGCUGCGAGCGACUGUUGAUCGGCAAACGUACGGUGGCUCCUUACUGUUCAACUUUGGAGCCUUCGUUUUACCUGCUCUUUGCGGGACAUUGAGUAAGCUCUGGGUGGCAAGCAUCGAUUCGAGUCAGGUGGUGACAACCGAUGUCUACACCUACAUUGGUGUCGUCGUUGAGGUCCUGAAUGAAGGGCUUCCGAGGACGGCAUGGGGUGUUAUCGGCGACAGGUCGACGCAGACCAUCAGGUCCCGCAUCAGUCUCUCGUACACUCUCCUAGUUGUCAAGUCUAUUCUCGGUAUCAUCUUGACCUUGGUUUUUAUCGGGAGCUCAAAGCAAUUGGUGGCUGCGUUUGUCCCAGCAGAGGUUAGAAAAACUUCGCUGACAUACGUGCGGAUCUCCUCGGUGCAGGCUUUGUCGUCGGCUAUUGAAGUGGCGGUGGCCUCUGCCACUAGAGCUCUAGACCAUCCUGAUGUGCCUCUUUCUAUCAGCUCGACGAAAUUUGUCGUCAAUAUCAUCCUCGAUCUUCUCAUCAUGUCAAAAUUCCACGUUGGAAAGAGGACACCAACGGUCCACGGGCAAGCUCUGAUUCGGAUGGCCUGCGACUUGGUAUCAGCAUUGACGGGUUUGGUAUACUGCGUGUGGUAUCUGCUUCAGGCGCUUGGCUCUAACCUCCUCUGGAUGUUGCCAUGGCCCAUUGCCGUGACGAAGAUUGGGAUGACGCCCGAUAACGCGUGGCGCUACCACUCCAUCAUAUUUGGACGGUCUAUUGUGUUCUCUUUCCUUAACGUUUCUCUCGCUCUUGCAAUCUGGGAUUGGUUCUACACCAGAGGACAGGUCUCCUUGACCCCGGUUCACAGCUCUCUUUGA